UCGACUGGUCGGACGUCCUCAGCUCCGCAGUUCCUGAGUUCCUCAGUUCCAAUCGCAUUCGCAGUCCGACUUCCGCGUGUUUUCCUCUUCGCGUGCAUCCAGCGCGCCAUUCAAGAUACCCGAUCCAAAGAUACUUUCGCAUCCAUUCAGUUUUGGAUGCCGACUCACACACUCAGUCGUUUGCCGUUCCUCCGCGAUGCCGGUUCGCGUUUCGCGUUGCCGCCUCCGUUACUACAAUGAUUCGAUGGUAAAUAGGAAUGCCCACAAACAAGCGGUCGCGAAGUGCUAAAUAACCAAAAUAACCAGGAAAAGUAUCUCAAAGAUAGAAUAUUGAAUUGAUUCGGAAGUCCAGAAAGUCUCCAUCAUCCCGAGAGCCCCAUUGGGACAACAGAGAUCUGCCAAAAUGAUGGCGCUCGACGGCAAGGCGAUAAUUAAGGAGGAGAUUACCGACAAGGACGCUUACGACGCAGCAGCGGCGGCGGCGGUGGCAGCGGGAGCCGCUCUGGCGGUGGCCACCGCAGCAGCUGUCCAGGUGCCGCCCACGUCAUCGUCCGCGGCGGGAUCAGCGUCAGCGGCAGCUGCCGCGGCCACCAACAACAACACAAAUACAACAUCGGCGGCAGCCACAGCGGCAGCAAUUAGUCGACGGCUUAAAGCCAGCAGCAGCAGCAAUGGCGGGGACAAGAGCUCCUCCUCCUCGUCCAGCAGCAAGGACAGCAGUCACACAUCCAGCAGCAGGAGCGACAGGGACAGGGAGCGGGAGCGGGAGCGGGACCGCCUGUGCCGCUCUCCGCCGGACUCUCCGCCGGACAGCUCCCGCAGCCUGGCCCCCCGCUCGCCCCACUCCCCCCUGCAGUUGCACCAGCGGCCGCAGCGCAAUGCCAGCGUUUCUCCAGUGGUCAACGGAUCCUCCGGCGGGCUGGGAUCCUCUGGCACUUCGCCCACGCCCACUCCAGGGAGUCAACAUGCCGCCUCCUUGGCCGCAGCCGCUGCCGCCGCUGCAGCCGCCCAUGUGGAGCAGGCGCGAUUGGUGUCCAAGAUGAGGAAGUUCCUGGGCGCCCUAGUGCAGUUCUCCCAGGAACUGGGACAACCGGAAGUGAGCGAGAGGGUGCGUGCUCUGGUGCUCUCGCUCUGUUGCGGCAGCAUUUCCGUGGAGGAGUUCCGGCUGGCCCUGCAGGAGGCCAUCAAUCUGCCCCUGCGGCCCUAUGUGGUUCCGCUGCUGAAGAACAGCAUUGCUCUGGUGCAGCGGGAGGUUUUGGCCCUGGCCAGGGCCACCAAUCAGUCCGCCCUGCAGUAUGUGACCAACAACGAGCAGGCGGUGAUGGAGUUCGCACCCCACGGAGUGGCCAGCUCCGAGUUCGGCGACAUCUUCAUCCAGCUGGAGGCGCCCACAUCGAACGGCAGCAGUGCGGUCUUCAAGCGCCGCUCCUCGGACUCCAUGAUGGAGCACGGUGGCCACAAUGGCCUGCAGGAGUGGAGCGAGUACAUGGCCAGCGGUGGAGCGGGUUAUCCGCCACCGCCCAGCAAGCGCCUGACCCUGCAUCCCGCCCACUCAGUGGUGGCCUACGGGGAUUAUGGGGUCUCGUCGGCGGAGGGUCUGCCCUCGGCGGCGGCCUUUAUGCAGCGCGACGAGCGGGAUCUGCGGAUGAGCGAGGCGCAGGCCAGGCAUGCGGUUCCGCCGCAAAGAGCCAGCAAUCCCCAACCGAAUCCCAACCCAAAUCCCAAUGCUGCCGGAGCUCCAGGGGCUCCGGGCGGAGCGGGUGGCGAGGAGGAGUGGAAGAACAUCCACACCAUGCUCAACUGCAUCUCCGCGAUGGUGGACAAGACGAAGCGGGCCAUCACGAUCCUCCAGCAGCGGGGCAUCGAGCCACAGCUCCCCAACAGCGGUCAGGAGGUCACGCCGGCGGCCAUGGCGGAACUGCGACGGCAGACGGAGGAGAAGGUCGCCGAGUUCAAGCGGAAUGCCGAGGAUGCCGUCACACAGGUAAAACGCCAAGCUGUCAUCGAAAUCCAAAGAGCAGUGGUGGCUGCCGAAACCCGAGCGGCGGAGAUCAUGACCCAGGAACGCCUGCGCAUGGAGAAGUUCUUUAUGGAGAUGAGUCGCCAUUCCAGUGGAGAAAGGGAUCUGGACAACAAGUCGCCGUCAAUAGCCACUACUCAGAAUGGCAGCAAUCUACAGCAGCAGUGCUGGAACUGCGGUCGCAAGGCCACGGAAACCUGCUCCGGUUGCAACAUGGCACGCUAUUGCAGCGCCUCGUGUCAAUACAGGGAUUGGGACAGCCACCAUCAGGUGUGUGGCAAUUCGCGAGCCAGCGAGCUGAGCGCCAAGCACCUGCAUUCGGCCAGCAGUCUGCGCAGUGCGAUGGCCACCAGGUCGCCGCCCACGCCCAAUUCAGCGGCCCAUCUGCAGGCGGCGGCAGUUGCCGCAGCAGCUGCAGCGGGAGCCCGUGAGGUGGUCAGCGCUCCUGUGGGAGGACCUGGGGCAGGAGUGACUGGCGGUGGCAGCAGUGUUCCCUCCGUUGGAGGAGGAGGAGGGGGAGGCGGCGGAGGAGGAGGUGGUGGAGGCGCCUCGGCUGCCGCUGUGGCCGCUGCCACUCCGGGUGCUUUGGUGGCCAACGGGUUGGGCUCCAAAUGACGCAUUCGCAUGAUGAAACCCAAGAAGAAGUACUUGUGCUAGUCAAAUUAAAAAGGGGGUGAACCACAAAAACCAUAUACACACUUAAAUUAUGCAGCUAAUAUAGAGUUAUCCAAAAACCAAAAAAGAGGAGAGAUGUAAUUGUCAGCAUCGUCACUUAAAGACAAAAAAGAAAAACUAGAUGAUGCUUAACAUCAGAAAACGCAUAAAUAGAUACAGAUUGAUGUGCAUUUCCACUAGAGUUUAUACAUUUCGAUGUUUCAAGCAGAGAACGGGUUGAAGGGUAUUAUUGAAAGGGCUAAAAUUCCUUAGAAGAAUAGCAUAAAUGCGAGGUUAUGCAACUUAAAUUACUCAUAAAAUACAUUUUAGGGAAUUUAUCCUGCAAUUCUCAACCUGUGACUUAAUAAAUGUACGGAAAUUCCAUUUUACCAUCAGCACCUUCAUAAGCAAAAAAAAGAAGAAUACAUUAUUAUUAUUAACAAUAUGUGCACACUAAUAAAGAUUACACAAGCAAGUAAAAUCAUUGAAAGCAAAACUUGAGAAACAGUGAAACUCUGUAAGUAAGCAGCCCAAAGCGAGUAAAAACAAAAAACUGAACAUAGUAGAUUUUAUUAAUACAAUACAGUAUAUUACUACGGAUAUGAUUAUGAGUAUGGCUAAUUUAUUGAACGAGUUUAAUUUAUUGAUUAGUAUUUAUUGUAUUCCCUAAACUAAAACGUAAAUGUACUUUUAUCAUAAACAAAUACCAAGUAAAUGUUAAACCUACAAAGAAAAACCAAGGCUCCAAGGCUACGACAAAGAAAAACCCAAGAAAUAAAGUGUUUUAAA